AUGACACUUCCGUCUUUUUCUUCUUCUUCUCACAAACAUAUCCUUGUUGCCUCAGGCUUGUGUGAAAUUUGUUUUGCCAUUUGCCUCGGAUGGUAUUUGGCCAUGAUCAUUGCUAAUCGCUCCACAAAAACAGCCUCUUCACCCAUGCUUAACUUUCGUCGAGUGCUUCAGGCUCAUAUUGAUUUCAUUCUAAUGGGAAUUUUACAAAUGGUGGUGUCAAUGGUCACCAGUGAGCUCUUCAUUCCAAAUUGGGUGUUGUACAUGUUUGUAUUUGGCUCAUGGGCCAAUGCAUUUGCGUUUUUGAUUUUGGCAGUUUCCGAGAGUUAUGUCCACUCGUUGGGUGUAAGAAUUUAUACCAUUAUUAGUUUCUUGAGUCUGUCCAUUGCAUAUCCUGCAUUUGCUUAUCUUUAUAUCAAUAAAUACUUGCUGUAA